AUGCUGCGCCGUCCUGAGUACUCUAGAGCCCUUACCGGCUCGUUAAAGUCCUCGUCGCUGCUAUACACAUCGUCCAGUCCUUCUGCCUCCCAGAGCACGAAUGUAACUCGAAUCACAACCUCGCUACGGACAUUCCAAAAAGCUGCACAGGCUCCAAACAGAUCGUUUUCAUUCUCCCAUUAUCAAACACAGCAUAGUUCGUCUGGAUCCAAUGGAUCCGGAUCGUCUUCUUCCUCGUCGUCGUCGUCCUCUGCUGGUUCUUCGUCGUCGUCUUCAUUAUUUAUGAAACUAAGCUUGGCUGCCGCCUCGGUUGUAUCUCUAUACGCAGCAUCUACCUAUGCUGUAUGGUCGUUGCAAGAAUCCAAUCCUUCUAUAUACAAGACAUUCGACAGACACAUUCCAUUGGGACAUUAUAUCCUCGAGUUCCUCGAAGAACGACAGUAUCAAGAGAAAAUGCGAACAAGGAAAGAAUUCUACGAUUCUCAGGGGUCUGUACAGCCAUACGUCUCAAGAACAUAUAAAGGAGCAGCUGGAGACGAGCAGGAUGACCAUUCCAGCCAUUCCAAGGCCACUUCUUCUGGAAAAGGUGGCAGCUCGUCGGUAACUCACGACCCACUUUCUCCCGAACGGUUUUUCGAUGCUAAAUCAGGAACAGUAGGACUAGGAGAGCGAGAGUAUCUUCCUCUGAUUUUACUACCCGAUACUAACAACCCUGUUGUGCAUGAGAUUUCCAUGUCACUCAACGUUCUUAUCUCAUCUGUAAAUGCAUCUGCCGUGUCUGACGAGACGGUGAACAAUGUGUCACAACUGUUCCACCGAUUGUCUGAAGAAACCAAAUCGGAAAAGCAUCUUCAACAGGACAGUAAACUGUUUGAAGAAGAAGCUCAAGUGUUUACAUCUUUAGUCGACGCAUUCAAACAGGUCCGUCCUAAAGCCGGUUCUACCGACGAAUCUGAGGCUCGUCUGUACCGUCAGUACGCAGAAAACUACCACAAACGACUCGCCAACGAGAUUCUCCGUGCCGAGAACAUUCUCAUUGCCCAUUGUAACACUAUCAACGCCACUAUCCGCGAACCCCGUCCCUUUUCACUACAACCACCGGUCAAACCCUCUUCCACUACGUCUAAGAUCAAUACCACCACGACCAGUAGCACCAGUUACGCCAAACCCGACUUUGCAUUGCCAACCACCGAUAUCCUAGAACUCCAAAUCUCGUUCAACCUCCUCGUCUCUGCAUUACACGACCACACCAACCUGCCGCUCUCCCCCUACAUCCAGGGCAUCAAAUCCGCCAUUGCAGCCUCCAACCACUCCAACAAAGAAGAGCUCAUCCACCGGGCACUCCAAGGCGUCCGCAUCCCCGACGACGUCGACAUCAAGCCCAUCAUCCAGGACGUACUCUCGGACUACAAAUAG